AAACACAAAUCUCCAAUCAUGCAACGCAUCAGAAAAGCAACCCAUAGCGGUUCUUGGUACACCCACAAUCCCAAAGAACUAUCAGAGCAACUGGAGGGAUGGAUGAGAUCAAGUGGUGCGACCAAGUCUCCAAAAGCACGGGCAGUAAUUGCUCCACACGCGGGUUACACCUACGCAGGACGAACGGCUGCCUCUGCUUUUGCAAGCAUUCAUCCUUCAAACAUAAGGAGGGUGUUCGUUCUGGGUCCUUCUCACCAUUACUUCACCGAACAAUGUGCUCUCUCAACUGCUACACUCUACAACACACCCUUCGGCGACCUCCCUCUUGAUUUGCAAGUGAAUGAGGAGCUUAGAGCCACUGGGAAAUUCCAACUGAUGAACAUGAACAUUGAUGAGACAGAGCAUAGCCUGGAAAUGCUCAUGCCAUUUCUUGCCAAAGUAUUUGAGGGGCAUCAGAUCAAAAUUGUACCCAUUCUGGUGGGUUGUCUGAGUGCUGAAGAUGAAGCCAUGUACGGGCACACGCUAGCCAAAUAUGCAGAUGACCCAAACAAUUUUUUCUGUGUUUCAUCAGAUUUCUGUCACUGGGGAAUUCGAUUUGAUUACACGUACUAUGACAAGGAGCAUGGGCCUAUAUACAAAUCUAUAGAGGCCUUAGACAAGAAGGGCAUGGAAGCCAUAGAAACUGGAGGUCCAGAUGCAUUCCUACAGUACAGGAUGCAGUAUGAUAAUACAAUCUGUGGAAGAUAUGCAAUUGCUGUUUAUCUCAAUAUGCUAAAAAGUUGUGAGAGCAGGGUUAAAAUCGAAUUCCUUCAGUAUGAGCAGUCGGGUCAGUGCAGAAGCUUAUGGGAUAGUAGUGUCAGUUAUGCAUCUGCUGUGGCAAUGAUUGAUGAUUCUACCUCUGCUUGA